UGAGCUCUAAUGGUAACAUGUUUUGUUUCAAUUGUUUGUUUACCUUUUUGAGAAUUGUUUUUUUCUAAUUGUUUCGAGUUAAUUGUUUCAUUUUUUUUACUGUUUAUUGAUCAUUAGCUUGCUGAUUACCUUUGUAAUCAUGUUUGCUCUUCGACAGGUCCGAACUUAUUGUGUCUCUGCUCCUCUAAUCUUACCAAAGGAAUAUGGUCUCCGUCACUCUGAUAUUUUCAAUGCAAAAGUUACUCCACCAAAGGAAAGUUGGCUUUAUAACUUUGACACACUCGCUUCGGUUAAAUUGGGCUUAGUUGGACUUCAUCCUAAGGUGUUCUCAGCGUUUCCCAGACCUGAUUUGAUUGCGAUGAAUGUUAUCUGGCAGCAAAAGUAUCGGAAAAUUGAUUGGUUAAAGAUGAAAACGAGAGCUGAAUUUCGUACAUUAAAUAAGAAACCAUGGCCUCAAAAGGGAACUGGUCGUGCUCGUCAUGGAUCUAGAAGGUCACCACAGUUUACCACCGGUGGUUGGUCACAUGGACCUCGUGGGCCUAAAACGUCAUUCUUCAUGUUGCCCUAUUUUAAUCGAGUCGUCGGGCUAAUCAGCACCAUAACAUGUAAAUUUGCCCAAAAUGAUAUAAAAAUUGUAGAUACUCUGGAAUCAUUUCCUUCUGAUGAUCCACAAUUUUUGAAAGAGAUGAUUAAAACUCGAGGAUGGGGACCUUCAGUUCUAAUUGCCGAUACAACGGACAUUUUCCCCAAGAACCUUGCCCUUGCAAGCCACGGAAUCGAUCACAUCAAUUGUAUGCCAACUUACAGUUUGAAUGUUUACUCGAUGCUCAAACAUGAAACUCUAGUCUUGACCUAUUCAGCACUUCGAGAAUUAGAGGAAAAACUAUUGUUCCAAUUAAAUCGAACCGAUCUCAAAGAGAUUAUUGGUAAAUACGAAGCGCCGAAAGUGGUUCCCAAUUAUCCAAACACUGAUCCUAUUUUACAGCCUUAAAACUAUGAAAUGAAAUUUAUAUUCUUAGUAUUGUGUUAAUAAUAAACUGAAUUUAGUUCUAUUACAAUAAACUUCUAAUUGUAAAGAAAAACCUUUGAAUUAAUAACCGAAUAACAGUAAAUUUAACAUGAUAGAUUUUAA